AAUUACAAUGGAAGUUACUCGUGCUCUUGUUGGAAAGGAUAUAACAUCACUGAUGUUUCUCAAAGUAUCAGUGGAAGAAACCCAUGCAUUGAUGUGAAUGAAUGUGUUGAGAUUCCUAAGAUAUGUGGUCCAAACUCAAUCUGCAACAACACUGCUGGGAGUUACAAUUGCUUGUGUAUGAGUGGAUAUAAUGUAACAGACCUGAACCUCCCUAUAAACAUCAGUAACCCAUGCACAGAUGUGAAUGAAUGUGAUGAGAUACCUGCGGUCUGUGGUCCAAACUCAAUCUGCAACAACACUGCUGGGAGUUACAAUUGCUCGUGUAUGAGUGGAUAUAAUGUUACAGACCUGAACCUCCCUAUAAACAUCAGCAACCCAUGCACAGAUAUUUAUGAAUGUCUUGACCCAUCAUCAGUGUGUGGGCCGAACGCUUACUGUCACAAUUACAAUGGAAGUUACUCGUGCUCUUGUUGGGAAGGAUAUGACAUCAUUGAUGUUUCUCAAAAUAUCAGUGGAAGAAACCCAUGCAUUGAUGUGAAUGAAUGUGCUAAGAUUCCUGAGAUCUGUGGUCCAAACUCAAUCUGCAACAACACUGCUGGGAGUUACAAUUGCUCUUGUAUGAGUGGAUAUAAUGUAACAGACCCGAACCUCCCUAUAAAGAUCAGUAACCCAUGCAGAGAUGUGAAUGAAUGUGUUGAGAUUCCUGAGGUCUGUGGUCCAAACUCAAUCUGCAACAACACUGCUGGGAGUUACAAUUGCUGGUGUAUGAGUGGAUAUAAUGUAACAGACCUGAACCUUCCUAUAAACAUCAGUAACCCAUGCAGAGAUAUUUAUGAAUGUCUUGACCCAUCAUCAGUCUGUGGGCCGAAUGCUUACUGUCACAAUUACAAUGGAAGUUACUCGUGCUCUUGUUGGGAAGGAUAUGACAUCACUGAUGUAUCUCAAAAUAUCAGUGGAAGAAACCCAUGCAUUGAUGUGAAUGAAUGUGCAAAGAUUCCUGAGAUCUGUGGUCCAAAUUCAAUCUGCAACAACACUACUGGGAGUUACAAUUGUUCUUGUAGGAGUGGAUAUAAAGUAACAGACCUGAACCUCCCUAUAAAGAUCAGUAACCCAUGCACAGAUGUGAAUGAAUGUAAUGAGAUUCCUGAGGUCUGUGGUCCAAACUCAAUCUGCAACAACAAUGCUGGGAGUUACAGUUGCUUGUGUAUGGGUGGAUAUAAAGUAACAGACCCGAACCUCCCUACAAACAUCAGUAACCCAUGCACAGAUAUUAAUGAAUGUCUUGACCCAUCAUCAGUCUGUGGGCCGAACGCUUACUGUCACAAUUACAAUGGAAGUUACUCGUGCUCUUGUUGGGAAGGAUAUAAGAUCACUGAUGUAUCUCAAAAUAUCAGUGGAAGAAACCCAUGCAUUGAUCUGGAUGAAUGUGUUGAGACUCCUGAGGUCUGUGGUCCAAAAUCAAUCUGCAACAACACUGCUGGGAGUUACAAUUGCUUGUGUAUGAGUGGAUAUAAAGUAACGGACCCGAACCUCGCUAUAAGCAGCAGUAACCCAUGCAAAGUCAUACCAACAUCAACAGCUGCAGACAAACCACCAACAACAGUUAUUAAAAUGUCAAUGAGAAUAAAUAAAAAUUUCGACACCAGUCUCACCAACAAAGAUGAUCCGAAGUACAAAUUAUACGUAGAAAACAUUACGUCCGCAAUUGAAAACAGUUACAAUAAUCUUCCUAACUACAGUAAAGGCUCAGUAAAAAUUAUUCGCUUCAGGUCUGGUAGCAUCAUAGUAGACUAUACGAUUAAUGCAACCAGUAAUAACUUGGAUUUAACUUCAGCAAACGCACAGGUUUCUGAUACUCUAGCAAAAGCAGGAAUACCAUUAUUUUCGGAUGCUUUUGCUGAAAGUGUGGAAACAAAUCUGGCAAUCAAAGAUAAACUUUAUCCUCAGCAAGAUGUGAAACUGAGGUGUAACCGUAAUUCUAUUGAGGGAACAAUGAAAUGGAGUGUGAAUGAUAAAGAUCCUGCAGAAAACAGUGCAAAAUACACCAUUACAAAUGACAUCCUCGGUAGCACUCUCAUUGUAAAAGCUGCAAGUGAAAGUGACAAUGGUAGAUACUCAUGUACCAUACAAAGGUCCCCAUUGCCUUACAUUCAGUGGCAAACAGUAUCGAUUGAACCACUUCCUAAUAUUAUAGUGAAUACAAUUCGUAUACAGUGUCUGUGUAAAGACCAGAUUGUCCCACUGACAUGCUGUGCAGAUGGUUACACAGUUGAGUGGUCUGGGAUUCCUGCUACUGCCGUGACAAAUUCAGGACCUGGCUGUUUUACAUUCCAACAUAAAAUCUUAAGCAAUAGUUGUGAGCCUAAUAAAAUCUUCACAUGCCAAUUAAAGGACAUGCCAGAAUUACAAACAUCUGAUUAUAGCAAGAAGACAGUCCAAGUUCAGACAGUCAACGAAUUUCAGUGUCAAAAUGAAAUACUUGGAGUUGGAAAAAUAGGUGACACUGUUAUGGGCCUGUGUGGCAAAGACCUGGAAGGCUACAUAACUUAUGAAUGUCAAAAGACGAAUGACAAAUAUGACUGGAAAGAAGUACAGAGAGAUUGUGUUGUUCAAGCUGUCAAAGACCUUGAAAGGAGAUCUGAGGUUUUAGUUGUGGAAGAAAUCCCAGUGUUCAUGACAAACCUCAGUAACACUGCAGAGCAGGAUAGUAAUGUAAUAACACAAUCAGCUUCGACUAUCCAAACAAUUGUUGGCAUACUUUAUACAGUUGCUGGUAUCUCACAACCUAUUAACAUUAGUGAACAUGUGAUGAAGGAUUUUCUUAAAACGGUAGACAUCAUUGUAUCAGAUGCAUCUAAAAACACAUGGACAGAAUUGAACAAUGACAACAAAACAGAAAACAAAAGCACUGAACUUCUUAAAGCUAUUGAGAUUAUAAGUGAUCGGCUCUCAGAUGACAGUUUUAUGAUUAAGGAAACCUCCAUUCAGUUAAACAGAGCACUAAUUACAAACUCAUUCAAUGGAUCAUCUUCACUGCCAAACUCAACUACUCAGAUUGUGAUACCGAAUGUUCUUAAACCGACCCUCAUAACCACUAUUAUCUUCACAAAACUUGACAAUGUUUUACGAACUCAAAAUACUUCUAAUAAUGACAACAAGACAUCAGAAAACAGCAUCAAUGGAGACGUGGUUGUUGUUAGGGUUAAUAAAGCAAUUAACAACAUUUCAUUUGCUUUUGAUACUACAGAUACAUCAUUGAAAAAUCCUCAGUGUGUCUUUUGGAACUUUGAUCUCAACCAUUGGGAUAAGAGUGGAUGUGAAGUCAAGCACUCAGAGAAUAACAUGGUUACAUGUGAAUGCAACCACACAACCUCUUUUUCAAUCCUCAUGUCACCAGUUCCAGUUGAUAACCCAGCCUUAGCCUAUAUAACAUACAUUGGUGUAGCUAUUUCAAUAGCCAGCUUGAUUCUGUGCCUUAUGAUUGAGAUAAUUGUGUGGAAGUCAGCAACAAGAAAUGACACGUCGUACAUGCGUCACGUCUCAAUAGUCAACAUCGCUGUGUCACUGCUGAUCGCAGACCUCUGUUUUAUCAUCGCAGCUGCAAUCGCAGAACAAGAGCAGCCAACUUCAGUGGGUCGCUGCAGUCCAGUGGUUUUCUUCAUGCACUUUUUUUACCUGGCUGUUUUCUUCUGGAUGUUCAUUUCAGCACUUUUGCUUUUUUACCGCACCGUCAUGGUCUUUUCUCAAAUGUCAAGGACUAUCAUGAUGGUCAUUGCCUUUAUGGUUGGUUAUUGUGCACCUUUGCUCAUAGCCGCUAUUACUGUCGCAUCCACAGCUGGACCUCAACACUAUGUCACAAAAGAAAAUGCAUGUUGGCUGAACUGGAAUGAAUCUAAGGCCCUGCUGGCAUUUGUGAUUCCAGCUCUGACCAUUCUUGCCUUUAACCUCCUGGUUUUGAUUGUGGUUGUGUGUAAGAUGAUAAGGAGAGGAGUUGGUAGUACAACUCAUGCUGAUGAGAAACACACUCUUGUGGUCAUUGCUCGAUGUGUGGCCUUUUUGACUCCUAUUUUUGGUCUAACAUGGGGAUUUGGUAUUGGAACAAUGGUGUCAACUAAAGUUGGCAUUCAUGUGGUGUUUGCAAUCCUCAAUUCACUGCAGGGAUUCUUUAUUUUGGUGUUUGGAGUGCUUCUAGACGGCAAGAUCCGUGAGAUAUUGGCAGGAAAAUUGUCACUGAGGAACCUUACCAGCUCAAACCGUACCAGGAGCACUACUGCAGGACCAUCGUCAAGUGCACUGGAUUUUUUCAGAAGGAGAAGAAAUGUGUACAACGUAUCUGAAGCCAAUGCUUCCUCAGGACUUGCAUCUUCAAACAGCUCCAGUGAUGCAUAUAAUUCAUUUAAUCCUUAACUAAUUCAUGAUCUAAAGCCAGAAGACCUUUACAAAACCUGUUUCCUUUCUGUUUCUUUUACCUGCUUUCAUCUUUCAUGAUAAAUACAAAAAAAAAGGUGUAUUGGGUGUUAUUGGGUAUUUCAUUUUUCAAAAUACAAACAAAACUGUGUAACUAUUGUAGACUUAUUAUUCUUACUGUAUCAUCUUUCUGUUAUAAAUGAAAGUCAAAUUAUGCCAGUAAUCAUGGUUAAUUAAUUGGUAAUUAUUAAUAAAUGAAUUUUAAAUUGACCUUUUAACAAGAUAUAGCUGUCUUACCUACGCGGUCUUGUUU